UCGUAUUGUUAAUGUAGUCGCGUCGUGACUCCCACAUUUUUUCAAAGCCAUGUGAAUUUACCAUUUUCUUACGUUUGUUCAGUUGAGGAAGUAUUGUCGCCAUGAGGAUAUCAGUUUGGAUGAUUUUUACGAUUGUUCUUUUGACUAUUGGAUAUUUUACAGCCGACUGUUAUGACAUUGAGAUAGGAGCAGAAACAAAGCGAUUGCUGCCUGUAAGGAUAGGUAUCAUCCUCGAUGGAGACAAGAACAAUCACAUUUACAGACGUGUCCUUGAGAAGGUCAUUCGUGGCGUCAGGCAUGACCUUGAGGGGUCACCCGAAACCCAGGUCGACCUUGAGCUUGCCACAGCAGAGGUAUACAGUCACGAUAACGGGACUACCGUUCGAAAUAAAGUCUGCCAUCUGAUACGCGAUGACGUCAUUAUGCUAAUUGGGCCACCAACGUCACUUCCGAAACAGGAACCUCACCUGGUGGCGGCAGCAGAACUAUACGGUGUCCCCUAUAUCGAUAUCCUGCCAUCCUUUACUAGAGAGGGCCAGCAUGAAUUGCCGUCUCCAAAAUUCACUUUCACCAUGUUUCCGGAUUAUACGACGGCAGUUGAUGAGAUUAUGGGAUUUAUGAUAGGGAAGAAGACCCGGAUGUUGGUUCUCUACGAUACAAGAAUCGGUGUUGAUGAACUCAACAACUUCCAUUACCGAGCAGAUGGCUGGAGGCAGCGUUUCGCGGCCAUACCCCAGGAAUCCAACAUGGCGGAGUGGCAGCAGGCAAUGACACGCCUCCUAUUGAGCUCUAAACGAGCUAAAGAAAAACAGAUCGUUCUUAUCACCGAUGCUACGAUUGCAUACAGAAUACUCAAAUUGUGCACAGAGCCAGGUCUGAAAAUGAUGACGGAGCAACAUCACUAUAUCGUCACACCACCUAUUGGUACUAGUUCUGACGAGGGGUUGGUCUCAUUUGAGCUGCCAGCGGAAGCCAUUGCCAGUCCCGCAGAAAUCAAUUUCAUGACUUACCAAAUGAACGUGACAUUCAUAGAGACAAUACUCAGCUCGCUUAGGAAGAAAACAACACUCAGCGAAAUAAAAAUGAUCCUUCCGUCAGUCGCAGCAGCGAUCGAUUCCGUCACUGCCCUGACAAAAGCUGUGAGGUCACCAGCGGUCAGCAUCCGGGACGUUCAGCUUCUGAACUUGCAAGCCUUGACUGACCAAUGCGAGGGCGUGGAGAAGGAGAACUGGUUUAGACGAGAUGUGUUUGCGUCGCUGAGAAAGGGUCUUCUGAAGGUCAACUUCACUGGCCUCACAGGGGAGGUUGCAUUUGACGAACAUCAGUGCAAGCAUGUCUCGAUUCAAAAAUGGAGCAGCAUAAGGAACAGAACGCAAAAGUUCCCGAUUAAAGCUGAUGCUAUUGCCAAAGGGAGAGUACUUUUAAAGGUGUUCGCCAUUUUGCAAGCUCCGUACGUCUACCGCAAUCUCGACACCGUGACCAGGAAUCGCCGACCCUACAGGGGCAUUCUGGUAGACGUCCUGGACACUACGACGGCUGGUCUUGGUAUUAAUUACAUCAUCACAGAAACCAUGGAAGGAUCGUACGAAGGCUUAUACGAGGAUACUAUGUUCAAAAUUAUAGAGAUUCAGAAGAGCACGGACAUCGAUAUUUUCCUCGGACUCCCGGAGACUUCUAACCUACAAAACCACUUCGACUUCGCCGGGACGCUCCUGACCACGGGCACGGUGGCCAUAGCUCGCACCCAGCACGAGGAGGAAGACGAUGACGUUUUUGCCUUCAUGCGGCCCUUCGACACCAUCGUGUGGCUGUGCAUACUCUUCCUGUUGGUGGUCGUGACGCUGGUGAUGUAUUGCCUGAAUGUGUGUUACAGGGACAAGCAGAAGGCGCUCCAUAAACAGAAGAGGUCGAAGUCAAAAGGUCGUACGAACAAGAACGCGAAGAAAUGUGCCACAACAACCAAUGUAAAGGAGAAAGAGGUGUGUCCUAAGACGACAGCAGGCCGGGUCCUCAGCGGAAUAUGGGGACUCUUCAGCGUCAUCGUUCUCGGGUACUACACGGCAAAUCUAACGGCCUUUCUGGCAAUGUCCAAGCGGGCUUUGGAAAUCAAGUCAUUAGCGGACCUUUCUGCCCAGGACAACCUUCCAUACGGCUUGGUCAAUAACAGCUUCUUACAUGGAAGACUGAAAAUCUCCAAUAUUGCCCUCUAUCAACAAAUCCUUGAGAAAAUAAAAGAGGAAAAUUUCCUAGCGACCGAAGAAGAAGGGAUACACCGGACACUAACUGAACAAUUCGCGUAUCUCGGAGAUACGAACGUCCUUCAGUAUGGUAUGAAAGAUGAAGAAGAAUGUGACAUAGCAAUACUAGGACCGCAGAUAGUAAACAACAGCAUCGCACUCGCGAUGAGAAAGGAUUCUGAUUGGCUGCAGAAGGUCGCGCGGCGGUUAAAGUUACUGCGCCGGGAGCACGGAAUCGAGGCUUUAACGCUGCAUUGGAUCGAAAGAGAGUCUCUAUGCAAUGGUAUCAGCCAAUCAGUGACUCUGUUGGUGAAUGGCAGAUCCAGUCAGGUGACUCUUGCCGGAAUAGGUGGCGUACUAGUCGUCCUGGUUGCCGGUGUAUUGCUUUCUAUCAUGGUGGCUAUGUUGGAGAGUGUUUGGUGGAAAGAUGGGGAGUUGCCUCGACUUUAUGACCAAGAGGACGAGACUCUACUGGUGAGCCGGGACGAGCUUGAAUACACCAGGAGAACAUCGCUGUGAUUGAUCACGGCAGCGGAACGUUGACGCAGAUCUGGGAUCGAUCAAAGGAUAUUCUCUCUGCCAACACAGACUUCUACACCAUGUCAUCACAGGUGCGUGAAAUUAAUCAACUAAUUAGUGAUCGACCAGACACCUGCUUACAGACAAUAUGCAUACGCUAGUCCUAUCAAGUCAUAGAUUGGAAUCCAUACCUGGUACUUGCCUGGUACUAUGUGUAUUGUCUGUUCGUUGGUGUUAACCAUGGUGAGUAUAUUGUCACCAGUAUGGUAUUUCACACACCUGUGAUGUACUCGACGAAUCGUGGAGUUGGUGAAACAGAAGUCAAAAUGGCGGCCUGGUGUUGGCAGUCAUUGAACGACGUCAUCAAUGAAUCUAGUUCCGUGACUGCACACUAGAGUCUCACCAAUUACUACGACCGCAGCAAGGUGACGAGGACAGUUGCGGUUCCACUACAGGAAAGUGCGGACUACAUCCGAAUUAGUUGUGAUUCCAUUACAGCUAGUCCGGACUAAACAAGUCCGGCUCUCACUAAGAGCGGUCUUAUUAAGUGCGGAUAGGACAAGCGGAUUUAAGCCGAACUUAGAAUAGACCCGGAUCUAAAGCAGAAAUUACCUGUAAUGGAACCGCAUUAGUCCGGAUUAAGAUCAAGUUACUAAGUACG